AUCCGAGUUGCCAGGUUAAAUACCUGAUCAGCGACCUCCUAAACAUGACGUGCGUAAGUUAUAAGUUCUCCUGCAUGCGCUCUCCUUUUCAUUAUAUGAUUUAUCCAUACUGUUCAUCUUAUGUUUUUCACUGCAUAUCAUAUUACUCCGACUCAGUUGAAAAUCUCCAGCCAUGGCAAGGACCAGAAAGGCGGCGGCUAAGAAAGAACCUCCAAAGAAACCAUCGUCGGGAGUAUCAAAGAAGAAGGCGCCGACCAAGCAUAAACCUGCUGCCAAGGGGAGAGGAAAGGGACGGGGAAAAGCAGCGACCAAGAUUCCACCCUUUACUCUCACAGCUGCCACCAAUACCUCCUCACCUGACUUCAUUGUCCGUGGCACCAGCGAAAAUGCUUUAUUUUCUUUCACUGCCUACAGAGGAGAAGGGAUGUGUCUCCUAGCCAUGAAUUGGAAGCAGGGCACUCCACCGGACAAUUUCGUCGGCUUUGCCAUCGAGUACAUGGAACCCGGAGCCACCCAAUUUUUUGCACUCCAAAACCGCAUUGCAUUCCCUAGUUCAAGUGGUCAGAUCAACGCCAACACCCUAUCAAGCCGCUUGUCACCAUUCCAGAAGUUCCGCUGGACCCAUUUCCCAUCGAAUGCUACGACACCAGGCUUGUACACUUACCGUGUAACCUCAGUCUUCAUGGAUGACAAGGGUGUACUAAGCUACGGAGACUUUCAGGAAGCUGCUAUCGAGCUGGAAGCAGAGACCUAUCCUGGAGAGCUGAAUAUUUGCUUCACACGUGGUUUCAUUUCUUCCCAGGCUUUCGUUGACAAGUUUGGAACAAAUGGCGGGGUGGGAACUAUCCUUCCAACGAAUGCAAACGCUGGUAUUACCUUUACAUCUACCGACCCGCAAGAAGAAACUGCCCUUGCCUGGAUGGGGUUUGAAGCAAGAAGUGCCAUCUUGAAUACCUUGGAUGCCGCCAUCGCCGACACAACGGCCAAUGUUCGUGUCUGUGCCUAUGAUUUCAACGAUCCGGAGAUUGUCUCUCGCCUUGAACAACUUAAAGGUCGGUUGAAGAUUAUCAUCGACGACUCUGGUUCCCAUAAGCCUGCCACUGCCGCGGAAACAAAAGCCGCAGCGAUGCUGGUCAGCUCAGCAGGAGCCGAUAACGUCCAACGCCAGCAUAUGGGCGACUUGCAACAUAACAAAUCGAUAGUGGUCGAUGGUGACCAAACCAAGAUUGCCAUUGGCGGCUCCACAAACUUCUCCUGGCGGGGCAUCUAUGUACAGAAUAACAAUACGGUAGUCCUCCAGGGUGAAACGCCAGUCCAGAUCUUCAGUGAUGCUUUUGAUAAUUUCUGGGCAAACCCCGAUAAUCCUAAAGGAUUCGACGUUACAGCUUCUGCGGACUGGAUUGACCUUGGCUUCACCAAUGUCGAGGCUCAAGUCACAUUUUCGCCUCACAGCACAAACAAUGCCAAAUUGCAACAAAUUGCAGACGACAUUUCCAGCACCCAAUCCAGCUUAUUCUACUCCCUUGCAUUUCUCUACGAAACCAAAGGAGUAAUUCGAGACGCCAUCACAAAAGUAACAAGUGAGAAUAACGUCUUCGUCUACGGCCUCUCCGACAAAACCGUCGGCGGCCUCAACAUCCAACUCCCUAAUGGCAACCCACCCAUCGCCUACCCAGCGGCCCUCCUACAAGACGUCCCCCCACCAUUCGACCAAGAAGCAACGGGCGGCAGCGGGACUCGUCUUCACCACAAAUUCGUGGUCAUUGACUUCAACCAGCCUACUGCUCGCGUUUACACUGGAUCGUACAAUUUCUCCGUUGCGGCCGAUACUAAAAAUGCGGAGAAUCUGUUUGUGAUUAAAGACCAGCGGGUGGCUACUAGUUAUAUGGUAGAGGCUGUUUCGAUGUUUGAUCAUUAUGCGUUUCGGGAUUCGGAGAAUAGUGCGACGGAUGACAAGCCGCUUGAGUUGCAGGAGCCGCCCGCGAGUGGGUCGGGGGUUAAGCCGUGGUGGGAUAAGUUUUGGAGUGAUGCGCAGGAGGAGCGGGAUCGUGAGUUGUUUGGACAAUGAGGCGGUGUUGAGUUGGAUCUGUACUUGUGGGAGGGAGAAUACUGGCAAUUUUCGAGGUGGCUUGGUCUAUAGUGUAAUACAUCUGGUCAGCGGCAGCAUCAAGUUGAAGAAGUGGAGUAAUAUAAUCGAAGAAGCGGCAGC